AUGGCGCACAAGGAGGACGAUUUUCAUUUCCAGAUGCGCGAAUCGCCUUUGCAUUCGAGGGACCAAUCGAUCGCAUCCAACUGGCGUGGCCAUGCGAGGGACGAGUCUGCAGCCUCAGGCUUUGCUGCGUUCCACAGACCACUAACGCAGGACUCGCAUCGACCUUUUGGGGAUUCAAACUUUACCAACUCCAGCAGCAACCUCGUGCCAUACCACGAGCGAAAUGUCUCAGAUAUUGUAUCCCCGACACAGCAGGCCUUUAUGUCGAGAGACGACAUUCGCCGCGCUGCCUCGCCUGGCUUCCACCCAGGCUAUCCAGGUCCAGAAUCCCCAACGUCGUCUACCAACGGAAGGACAUGGCCUACGGAGUCACCAUUAGCCAUACCUCACAAUGCGGCGCACCACGGCGACAAAGGCCCAUCGAUUAGUUCAGUCGUCAAGGAGUAUCUUUCACCUUCGCCCGCAGAAUCAACUCACAAUCCCCCGCCUGGACCACCUGGAGGACCACCCCCUGAUGGCGGCACAACCGCGUGGCUGCAAGUACUUGCUGGUUACUUCCUAUUCUUCAACACGUGGGGCCUGAUCAACGCUUUCGGCGUGUUCCAAUCGUACUACAAGGAAACUCUGAUCCGCGGCCAGACAAACUCAUCGAUAGCAUGGAUAGGCACAUUGACCUCAUUCUUCCUAUGCGCAUCACCCAUAUCCUGGGGCCCCAUCUUCGACAUUGGCUCGCCACGACUACUUGUCCUUUUCGGUUCCUUCUCUGUGGCACUUGGCAUAAUGAUGAUGUCUCUCUGCGACAAAUACUGGCAACUGAUCCUCGCCCAAGGCAUCUGCUGUGGCCUGGGCGGCGGCGCGCUCUUCAUCACAGCCACCUCCGUCCUCCCUUCGUACUUCAGCAAAAAGCGCGCUCUGGCGAUGGGCAUCUCAGCCUCUGGCUCCUCCCUGGGCGGCGUCAUGUACCCCAUCGUCUUCACCUACGUCCAGCCAGUCCUUGGCUUCGGCUGGGCUGUCCGCAUCAUAGGCUUCAUCGCCAUCCUCACCCUCACAAUCCCCUGCACCCUCAUCAAACCCCGCGCCAAACCCCCCGGCGCGCGUAAAAUCUUCGACACCUCCAUCCUCCUCGAACUCCCCUUCGAAAUCAUGAACCUCGCCACCUUCUUCGGCUUCGUCGGCCAAUACAUCCCCUACUUCUUCAUCGAGCAAUUCGCCGCCCAGCACUCCCUCGACUUCCAAUUCUGGAUGCUCAUCUUCCUCAACGUCGGCUCCAUCCCCGGCCGCAUCAUCCCCUCCCUCAUCGCAGACAAAUUCUUCCACCCGUUAAAAGUCCUCGCAACCACCACCGCCGCAGCGACGAUUCUGGCGUUCUGCUGGAUUGCGAUUAAACACUCUACCCCGGGCCUGAUUGUGUGGUGCUUCCUCUACGGCUUCUGCUCCGGCGCGUUCGUAUCCCUCCAAGGCGCCGCAGUCGCGUCCAUGACCAGCGACCUGCGCACGAUCGGCACGCGCUUCGGGAUCAACAUGUUCGCCGGCGCGUUAGGAAUUCUGAUCGGAAGUCCCGUCGGCGGCGCUAUCUUUCCUGAAAGUUGGCCGGGAGCGCAGAGCUUUUGUGGUGCGACGUUGUUACUGGCUGCGAUUUCGAUUGUUGGGUGUUGGUUUAGUUAUCAGCGUCCGUUGGUCCGCGGUCGCGGCGGCGCGGCUAAGAAUAGAGGAGGAGUCGCGUAG